UCGAAUCGAUCGCCAUGAGUUUAGCUGGUAAAGUUGUGAUUGUAACCGGCGCAAGUUCGGGCAUUGGUGCCGCCGCAGCGCUGGCCUUUGCGCAGCAGGGCUCCAAAGUAGUGCUCGUAGGACGAAAUGAAGCAAAUCUGAAGGCUACCGAAGCGGCCUGCAAAGCUGCCAACAGCAAAACCGAGCUGCUCUCCAUCGUUGCUGAUGUCACAGUUGAUGCGGAACGCAUUAUAAACUCGACAAUUGAAAAGUUCGGACAGUUGGAUGUGUUGGUGAAUAAUGCCGGUGUGGAAGCAAACGGCUCAAUCUUGGAAAUUGAUGUCGAACAAUUUGAUAGAGUUUUCGCUACCAAUUUGCGAGCGGUCUUCCUGUUAACGAAAUAUGCCGCACCACAUCUUGUGAAGACCCAAGGAAAUAUCGUGAAUAUUUCCAGUGUCGCAGGAUUGCGUUCACUUGCAAGUAAAUCAGUAUACUGUACCUCCAAAGCGGCACUGGAUCAAUUCACCAGAUGUAUCGCCUUGGAUUUGGCACCGAUGAAUGUGCGAGUCAACGCUAUCAAUCCCGGCGUAAUUGUUACCGAUAUUCAAAAGAAUUUAGGUGUGUCGGAGGAGCAAUAUGCUAAAUUUUUGGAGCAUUGUAAGACUACACAUCCAAUCGGUCGCGUCGGCGAUGCAAAGGAAGUGGCCGAUGCCAUUACUUUCUUAGCCAGUGACAGUUCGAGCUUCAUAACGGGCGCAAAUCUGUCGGUCGAUGGUGGUAGACGAUUACUGUGUCCGCGUUAA